AUAAAAAUGAUUUUGAGUUUAAAGAACCAUAACAAUAAUGUAAAAUAAAAACUUUGAAAUCUUACUAUUAUACAUGAUCGUUGAUCCAAGAUUACUCUAAUUGGAGCUGGUCGUUAUAAAAAGAAAAAUUAUAGGGCUACUUUAUUAAGCCAAGUGUUUCAGCUAUUCUAUUGAGAAAUUUAAUGAACGGAACUAUCUUAUAUAUAUUUAAGAACUUUUCUACUUACAUAUGAAUGCGCGUCAUGCAGAUCAGAAGUAAAUUUAGAUAAUGGAUUGUGAGUUGCUUGUAAUAGAUAUAAAUUGUCGAAGAAGGUGGUGCUGCAUUGGUCAUCGACAAUGGGUCCGGUAUGUGUAAGGCUGGAUUUGCUGGUGACGACGCUCCAAGAACCGUCUUUCCAUCAAUUGUUGGUAGACCAAGACAUACGGGUGUGAUGGUCGGUAUGGGACAGAAAGACAGCUAUGUCGGUGACGAAGCCCAGAGCAAGAGAGAUAUUUUAACAUUGAAAUACCCGAUCGAACACGGUAUUGUCACUUAUUGGGACGAUAUGGAGAAAAUUUGGCACCACACUUUCUACAAUGAACUCCUUGUUGCCCCAGAAGAACAUCCUGUACUUCUAAGCGAGGCUCCGAUCGGCCCGAAGGCCAGCAGAGAAAAAAUGGCCCAAAUUAUGUUUGAAACCUUUAACACACUUGCAAUGUACGUCGCCCUUCAGGCUGUUCUCUCAUUGUUCGCAUCCGGUCGAACAACUGGCAUUGUGAUGGACUCUGGUGAUGGUGUUUCACACAGCAUCCCUAUCUAUGAAGGUUACGCCCUCCCCCACGCCAUUAUGCGAUUAGAUCUUGCUGGUAGAGAUCUCACUGACUAUCUUAUGAAGAUCCUUACAGAGCGUGGUUAUUCUUUCACAACCACUGCUGAAAGAGAAACUGUAAAAGACAUAAAAGAAAAAUUGUGCUAUGUUGCUCUAGACUUUGAACAAGAAAUGCUCAUCGCUGCUUCGUCCAGUUCACUGGAGAAAAGCUACGAACUCCCUGACGGUCAGGUCAUCACCAUUGGCGAAGAACGAUUCCGUUGCCCAGAGGCCAUGUUUCAGCCAUCUUUCCUUAGUAUGGAAUACGCAGGUCUCCAUGAAACAACUUACAAGAGUAUCAUGAAAUGUGACGUCGACAUUCGUAAAGAUAUGUACGCAAACACCGUGUUGUCCGGCGGUUCCACAAUGUACCCAGGUAUUGCUGAUCGUAUGCAGAAGGAAAUCACAGCCCUUGCUCCAUCAACCAUGAAAAUCAAGAUCAUUGCUCCACCAGAGAGGAAAUACUCUGUAUGGAUUUGUGGUUCUAUCCUGGCUUCACAGCCAACCUUUCAACAGAUGUGGAUCAGUAAACAAGAAUAUGACGAAUCUGGACCCUCCUUUGUACACAGAAAAUGUUUCUAGAUCCACAAUUAUUGACAUAAUCGCAAUGUUAAUGUACUCAUUAUAUAUGCCGUCUGAAUUUAUCUGUAGCUAAUCUUGAGAUUUUUUUACUGGAAACAACAAAAAUUCAUUGUUUCUAACGUAGGAUGACAUUCGUUUAUUUCAACAGUAAAAACUGUAAACCAUGAAGUAGAUCUGGUAGGAUAUUUCCCAAUUCUUCAUCUAUGAUAACUGUCUACAGUAGGUGAUUCCCAUGUCUUUUAUAUUAGACCAUAGAGGUUUGAAACUAGGCCAGGAUGUACAGUACUUCAGAUAGAAAUUGGCAUGAAAAUAUCGAUUUUGUGCAAUAAAUACAUGUGUUCCAUAUCACAG